GGACACGGCUCCUGUUUGUUCUGUGCUCACCCGAUUCAUGCCAAAGAGGAAGCCCCAGCACAGCAGCAUGGCACGGGCACCCUCUGCUCUCUGCUUCCGUGAGUUCCACCUUGUACCCCUAAAUCCAACCCUGCCCCAGGGCCCCAUCCCACCCCCGGCACCAGGGAUGCUCCUCUUCUUUUCAUCCCCAUCCCGCUUGGCUCUGGCAUUCCCUGUGCUCUGCCUCCUGUUCCCAUCAGUAUCUGCAGGCAGUGGGAGUUUCUCCCAGCUGCACAUUAGGAAUGCACCCAGGGGCUGAUUUGUCACUUUUCAUCUUCUAUUCCCACCCUGAGGCUGCCCGGGCUGGUGCAGGCUGUGGGAGGCCGCUCUCUGCAUCGUGUUCCCCAGCAUUCACUGAAUGCUUUUAAAUGGAUGCAGAAAAGACCCUUCCCAGGCUUUAAGCCUGGAGCUGCUUCAGAACAGCCCCCAGCUGCCUGUAGCUCCGUCCAUGGGUGGUUUACAACCCACUUCUGCUUCAUUGCAGGUUUCUCUGCAGACCUCGUGCAAGCAGCACUGGCUGCCCUGAUCAUCGGAGCCGUCCUGUGUGCCCCUGAGCAGCACACAGACCUCUCAGCCUCGCUCCUGCAAGGUUUUCCAUGCAUCCCGGACAAUGACGUCCCUGCUGGUGCCAUCCUCGCCUUUGCUGAGGGGCUGCAGAACAGAACAGCAGAGCUGAGCAGUGCCCAGCUCUCCUGCCUGGCCAGGCUGCUCGCUGCCAGGAACCUGACGGCUGAUUUCAGCAGGUACCCGCCAGACCUGCUGCUCUUCUUUGACUUGUCUGAGGUUCAUAAUGGGACCUGCGAAGCGUUUUAUGCCCAAGCUUCCCAUGGGAACCUGGAGCUGCUUCCCAGGGGCUCAGCACAGCGCUCGGGGCUGCUCCAUGGGGCUCUGACCUGCCUGAGGGUGAGGAGCACGCGCCUGCGCCCGGAGCAGCUCAGCAGCCUCGGGGCCCUGGUUUGUGACAUGGAGCCAGAGACCAUCACAGCCUCUGAUCCCAGCAUCCUGGAGAACCUGAAGCUGUGCUCAGCGCUGACAGGGGCCCAGCGGGAUGCUCUCAAUGCUGUGCUCCUCAGUGGGGAUACAGCAUAUGGGCAUCCUUCAAGCUGGGAUCUACAGACUCUGCAGAGCCUGGGCCCGCUGGUGCUGGCUCUGAACCAGACCACGCUGAGCUUGGUGCCCGAGGCAGCGCGGGAGGCUUUCGGCAGGAGCAUCGCGGCUGCGUUCGGCAAACAGGGACGCUCCCAGCGGGAGAAGUCCCUGAGUCUCCUCAAGGCCUUCGCAGCAGCAUCGGAUCCAUCACAUCCCAGGAUGAGGCGGAGCGCAGACCGCUGCCUGUCUGAGCCCAUCACCGCCAGCACCAUCACUGACCCUCUCUUAGUCAUCAACUACGACACCAGUGAGCAGUUUGACCUGUGCCUGAGCAAUGAGGUUCUGAAGGAAAACCUGAAGCUUCUGCUGGAGCAGCCAUUCCCCAAAGCCUACCUCCAGGUCGUGAAGAAGAAGCUGGAUCAGAUCUACCCCUCGGGCAUCCCGGAGGAGCAGCUGAAGCUGCUGGGACCGCUGUCCCGGCAGUACUCUGCAGAGGAGAUCAGCCAGUGGCCGGUGACAUCCAGUGACACGCUCUCAGUCCUGCUCGACCCCUCGGAUGGGAGGUGGAACACAUGCCAGAUCCAGCAGCUCCUCAGCAGGUUCCUGUCCUUGGGUGGCAUCUUGACUGGCCCUUUGCUUCAGCAAAUCGGGGGACAACUCCUGUGUAGUCUGCAGGAGAAGCAGAUCCAGCAGAUACCUCCAGAAGCCAUCAGGACAGCUGGACAACUGAACAUCUCUUCCUGCUCUCAAACCAAGAAGGACCAACUCUACAGAAAAGCCCAGGAGGCCUUUGCUGACCUGGUUGGCACCCCCAAGGCCUAUUACUGCAGGAUUUGGCCAUACCUGGGUGGAGCUCCAGCAAAGGACCUGAAAGACUUGGCUGCAGCCGGCAUUGCCGUAGACAUGGACAUCAACACCUUUCUUGGCCUGAAUCCCAAAGCGCUGCAGAACCUCAGCGUCACGGAUGUGAAGAAUCUGCUUGGGCAAAACCUUCCUCAGCUGAAGGCAGCUGAAAACGAGACCUCGGUGAUGCUCUGGGUGAAGAGACAGUCCCAGCGGGAACUGGACUGUGUCCUGGGAAUCGGCCUCACAGGGGGGCUGGAGGAGCCCAGCCCCACAGGGACACCCACCCCUCCUCACCCCACCACCUCAGCUGGUAUCACCCCUAUAGCCACUGUCCCCACUGCUAUUGCCAUUAGCAGCCACCCUCCCACUAACUCAAGUACCAGUAAGGCCCCCACCCAAACCCCGGCCCCUGGUGCCACCUCCACCGCCCGCCCUGCUCUGACCUCCAGCCCCCCGCCUGCCCCCACCCUCCUCACCACCAUCUUUGCCGUUGUCAACUCCAACGCCACCUCUCCCAGCUCCUUCCCACCCCCUGCUCUCACCCUGGGGGCCACCACCAGCACUGGUGUUGUCACUAACCCCAGCACCAGCACCCCACUGGUGUCCAUGAACCCCCCAGCAUUAGGGGGCACCCCCCAUCCCAGUCCUGUUACUGGUAGCACAGUCACCCCAAGCACCCACAAUGUUCCCAGCAUUCUUGUCGCUAACUCUACCUCUGCACCCACUGGCACAGAACUAAGCAUCCCUCCCCAUAAGCCCAACUCCACCAUCUCCACCUCCUCAACGACCAAGACAACAGCACCAGCUUGCAAGACCAAUGGUCCCACAGCAUCUCCCAGCUUCUCUUCCAACACCACCAGUAAUGACACCACUAAAACAACACCCGCAGGUGGGCCAGGGUCAGCGAGACCAACACCCGAAGGAUACAUCAACAUGAAACCUGAAUCUGGAUCAGGAUCCAGGCUCUCCUCUUGCCUAGUGUAUGUGCUGACUACCGCCGUGGGAAGCUCCCUGCUGCAAGGGCUCCUCUGACACUGCCACCUCCAGCACCACACUCACAGGAUCCCUCCUUUAAUAUUCACCAUCCCACCAAACAACGGUGCUGGCAAAUUCCCUGCUGGAAAGCAGAAUCCCAGGAAAGGAAUUUUGUCCUCUGGAUACCAGCACAGAAUCUGCUUAUUACUUUGAGGCUGGGCAGUGAAUGGAGGACAUUUCUCCAGCCCAAAGCAGCCCAACGGGUACUUACUAACUAGUUACUCUGUGUAAUACAAUCACCAGCAAUACUGACUGGUCUAACAAUGAAGUAAUGCUGACAGCAAGCCCAGUUCCACCAGCUUUACUGGCACUGAGUAGUAUUUUACUUAUAAGCAGUCCACUGGGCUCUACUGAAACAGUGGGACAACUCAGGGAUUUGAGUUACUGGCCAUUGCAAAGGAAGCAGAAUAUGGCCUAGCAACAAUCCACUGAAAGGUAUUUAUCUUGUUUCAUGAACUCCUGAGAUGUUUUGACCAGGAUUUGUUCAAACCACACAAACCAUACUUUGAGGGAUGAGUAACUGAAGACAGUUUCUUGAUUACUUGAUUCAAUGCUAUAUAAUAAAACAUCAACCUUUUUACCCCCUAAUCCAAUGUGUUCUUCCAUGUGUUCAGUGCUUUGUGGUGUAGUUUUUCUACUUAGCUUAAAUCUAAAGUUUCCACUUCUCUUGCUCUGACUUUCUUCAUUAUCUUAGUGUCUCCUCCUCCAACAGCUCUUCUACAAGAGCAUGUUUCUAUCUCCAACAUGCAGAUCUUCCAUUCAAUAUUUUCAUUCUCCUUGGGCUGAGGAGAUUCUUGCACAGCCUGUGUUGAGAGUGACUCAAAGCACAGAGAAAUAACUCAAGGUUUCCAUCAGGGCAUCAAUGCUGUUACAGACACAGAGUGUUUCAUACACCAAGCUCUCCCGCACCCAAGCUAGUGCCCAGCACCACGGGAUGCAGGCAGUGGGAAGUGGCUCUUGCCACCCAGAGGCCUGCAGUGAAGGACAAACAAGCUUCUCCUCAACCAUUUAUUAUGUCUUUGCAGGCAGGUCCUCCGCCUGGGGGAAAAGUGGGAUUUCAGGGGCUGGACUGAGGCUUUUCUGGACAGAAACUCCCAAUGAGUGAUA